AUGGUGUGUCUUUUCCCGUUAGUGGCUGUUUUUGUUAUUGAGAAGAAGACGAUCAAGUCCUGCGAAGACGAUCAAAUUUAUUCUGUGUGUGUUUUCUUGCGUAGCCAACUUCAACUCCAGCAACAUCGGGCCGCCAAUCAAAAAAAAAGAAUUAUGCUUGUUCUCCUGAAGUAUUGUCUCGAAAAGCUCGACACCGAAUACUUUUGGUCUCGAGUUGCGACUACGCACCCAUUUCAUCAAAUCCCAUCUGGUACGGGGAUAUGA